CGACCCAGUGCGCGCUCCCCGUCGUCUCCUCCCAAGCGCCGGGCUCGGUGGGUUCUGGACGAACCGUGCAGCCCGGGAGUCCUCUCCCUCGCCGCCUGGAGGGACGCUGGAGGAGGGGGUCACAUAGGAUCUCCACACCGCCGUGGGAAUGAUUCACGAACUGCUGUUGGCUCUGAGCGGGUACCCGGGGUCCAUUUUCACCUGGAACAAGCGGAGUGGUCUGCAGGUGUCCCAGGACUUCCCAUUUCUCCACCCCAGUGAGACUUGCGUCCUGAAUCGACUCUGCCGGCUUGGCACCGACUACAUGCGCUUCACUGAGUUCAUUGAACAGUACACAGGCCACGUGCAGCAACAGGAUCACCAUCCAUCUCAGCAGGGACAAGGUGGGUUACAUGGAAUCUACCUGAGGGCCUUCUGCACAGGGUUGGAUUCAGUUUUGCAGCCUUAUCGUCAAGCACUGCUUGAUUUGGAACAAGAGUUCCUGGCUGACCCUCAUCUCUCUAUAUCACAUGUCAAUUACUCUUUAGAUCAGUUCCAGCUCCUUUUUCCCUCUGUGAUGGUUGUAGUAGAGCAAAUUAAGAGUCAAAAGAUUCAUGGUUGUCAAAUCCUGGAAACAGUCUACAAACACAGCUGUGGGGGUUUGCCUCCAGUUCGAAGUGCAUUAGAAAAAAUCCUAGCUGUAUGUCAUGGGGUCAUGUAUAAACAGCUCUCAGCCUGGAUGCUCCAUGGACUUCUUUUGGACCAGUAUGAAGAGUUCUUCAUCAAACAGGGUCCAUCUUCUGGUAAUACCAGUGCCCAGCCAGAAGAGGACGAGGAGGAUCUGGGCAUUGGGGGACUGACAGGAAAACAAUUGAGAGAGCUCCAGGACUUGCGCCUGAUAGAGGAAGAGAACAUGCUGGCACCAUCUCUGAAGCAGUUUUCCCUACGGGUAGAAAUUUUGCCAUCGUACAUUCCAGUGAGAGUUGCUGAAAAAAUCCUCUUUGUUGGAGAAUCUGUUCAGAUGUUUGAGAAUCAAAAUGUGAACCUCACUAGAAAAGGGUCCAUUUUGAAGAACCAGGAGGACACUUUUGCUGCAGAGCUCCAUCGGCUCAAGCAGCAGCCACUCUUCAGCUUGGUGGAUUUUGAGCAGGUGGUGGAUGGUAUUCGUAGUACUGUGGCUGAGCACCUCUGGAAGCUGAUGGUAGAAGAGUCAGAUUUACUGGGUCAGCUGAAGAUCAUUAAAGACUUUUACCUUCUGGGACGAGGAGAACUAUUUCAGGCCUUCAUUGACACAGCUCAACACAUGUUAAAAACACCACCCACUGCAGUAACCGAGCAUGAUGUAAAUGUGGCCUUUCAACAGUCAGCACACAAGGUGUUACUGGAUGAUGACAACCUUCUUCCUCUGUUGCACUUGACAAUUGAGUAUCAUGGAAAGGAGCACAAAGUAGAUGCUACUCAGGCAAGAGAAGGACCUUCUCGGGAAACUUCCCCCCGGGAAGCCCCCGCAUCUGGCUGGGCAGCUCUAGGUCUUUCCUACAAAGUACAGUGGCCACUACACAUUCUCUUCACCCCAGCUGUCCUAGAAAAGUACAAUGUUGUUUUUAAGUACUUAUUAAGUGUGCGUCGGGUCCAAGCUGAACUGCAGCACUGCUGGGCCCUCCAAAUGCAGCGCAAGCAUCUCAAGUCCAACCAGACGGACGCAGUCAAGUGGCGCCUAAGGAAUCACAUGGCGUUCUUGGUCGAUAACCUUCAGUACUAUCUCCAGUGGGACUGGAGUUUGAACUCAGGACAUCGAGUUUGCAAACAAAGCAGGUGCUGUACCACUUAAGACACACUUUCAGUCAACUUUUCUCCAAUUAUUUUUGGAGAUCAGGUCUUGCAAACUACUUUCCCAGGCUGGCCUCGAACUGCGAUCCUCCCAAUCUCAGAUUCCCAAGUGGCUAUAGGUAUAGGGAUGAGCCACAGGCACCUACCUGGUGGUACUGGAGUUUUGAACUCAGGGCUUAAUGCUUGCUAGGUGGGGGCUCUACCACUUGAGCCGCACUUCCAGCCCAGCUAGGCAUGUUUCUUGAGAGAAUUUUAGGGGAAAGUGGGAAUACAUGGAUAAAUGGGAAUUGGGAUGUUUACAGCCAACGCAUUAUUUGUUGUUGAUUUGCCCUUAGUGUUUGCUACAACUUCUGGAAUCCUCUAGGACUAGGCCAAGUCAGUCAGUGGUGGGAAUGUAGAAUAAGUGGGUUAGGCUAGGACAGAGCAGAUGGUCUGCCAAGACAUGUGAGGCAGUAAAGAAUUAUGCAAAUAGGCAAGGCACAGUAGCUUAUACCUAUAAACCCAGCUACUUAGGAGGCAGAGAUCAGGAGGUUUGAGGUUUGAGGCUCCUGGGCAAAUAAAAAAGUUAGCAAGAUUCCCCCUCCCCUCCUCACCCUGUCUAAACCAAUAAGCUGUGAGUGGUGACGUAUGCCUGUCAUCCCAGCUACAGAGAAGGCAUACAUGGGAGGAUUGUGAUCCAGGACAGCCUGGACAAAAAUACGAGAUCUGAGAACUAAACUGAAGCUAAAAGGACUGAGGAAGUGGCUCCAGAGGUAGAGUACUUGAGCACAAGGCCCCAAGUUCAAAUGCAGGUACAGCAAAAAACAAAAAGAAUUAUACAAAUAGGGGCUGAACAGUGGCUCACCUACUUGAGAAACAGGAGGAUCACGUUUUGAGGCCCAGGCAAAAGUUAGCAAGACCCCUUCUCAAAAUCAACCCGGGCAUUGUGGUACACACUUUUAACCCCAGCUACUCAGGAGGUGGUGGUAGGUGGAUCCUGGUCUGGGGCCAGCUGGGGCAAAGUCAGCAGGAAGCCCUAUCUGAAAAACAAAACCACAAAAAGGAUUGGAUAGAGGCUCAAAUGGCAGAGUUAUGAAGGCCCUGAGUUCAGUCCCCAGUAUCACACCCCUCUCCCCCCAAAAAGUACACAAAUAACUUUCUACCAGGCCGGGCAAUAUAAGGUGUCUUUGGUCAGCCUGAAAGUGGCUUGGCUAAAAGGAAGAUGAGAAGGGGCAAAAAUUGCUAUUUCAUCCUGUCAAAUAUCUGACAAGAUGAAAGAGUGCUCAGAGUAAGAACAGUGCAAAAAAAAAUUCUUUGUGUAACUGUCUUAUCAGGUAGAUGUGCUAGAGUCUCAGUUCUCUCAGCUGCUUCAUCAGAUCAACUCUACCCGAGACUUUGAAAGCAUCCGACUGGCUCAUGACCACUUUCUGAGCAAUUUGCUAGCUCAGUCCUU